UUCCCGCCCUUUCCGGUGGCGUCCGGGUCCGCCGCGCCGAGUGCCCCCGCCCAGCGGUUCCGCCUCGAGAGCAUCGCCCGGCGGGGCCGCCAUGAGGAGCCCUGGGGAGCGCGACCUGGCGGCCGAGUGCAUCCAGCUGAAAGUGCCAGUGAUCCAGCAGCUGUACCACUGGGACUGCGGGCUGGCCUGCUCCAGGAUGGUGCUUCAGUACCUCAACCAUUUGGACAAUGAUGAAUUUCAGAAAGCCAUCCAUGACCUCCAGUUAACAAAGAGUAUCUGGACUAUUGACCUGGCCUACCUAAUGCGGCACUUUGGUGUUAAGCAUAAGUUUUGCACCCAGACACUUGGUGUGGACAAGGGCUACAAAAACCAGUCGUUCUACAGGAAGCACUUUGACACAGAAGAGAAUCGAGUGAAUCAGCUCUUUGCACAAGCCAAAGCCUGCAAGGUGCUCGUGGAGAAGUGCACAGUAACUGUUCAAGACAUCCAGAACCACCUGUCUCAAGGUCACAUAGCCAUCGUCCUGGUGAACGCAGUCCUGCUUUUGUGUGAUCUCUGCUCAAGUCCCGUCAAAUACUGCUGCUUCCUCCCUAUUGGGCAGAAGUGCUUCUGCAGGAAUCCCGACUACCAGGGCCAUUUCAUCGUGUUGUGCGGCUACAACAAAGCCUCAGGGAGUAUUUACUACAACAACCCUGCCUACGCUGACCGAACGUGCUGCACGAGCAUCAGUAACUUUGAGGAAGCCAGGACGAGUUACGGCACCGAUGAAGACAUUCUGUUCAUUUACACGGACAGCUGACACCCCUGCCGGCACUGCUGGCCUUUCCCACGCGGACUGCAUGGCCGUGGGCUGCUUGUCUCAGGACUCCCCUGCAGGGACUUGCUCCGGAACCGCAGUGGGAUCGCAAACACGGGAGGCUUUACAGACACUGACGGCGCUGUGCUGCCAUGCCGUCUUCACCUUUGUUUUCUGGUGACAUAUUUGAUUUUGCGAUGGCUGUCUCACUUGUUUUUUCUCCCCAUUUUUGACACUGCACGUUUGACAGCAGUUUUAAAACACAGGCCCACGGCCUGUUCACUUUGAGCUUUUUUUCAAACUAAACACAUGAGGAGGAAGCACCAAAUUUAUGAACUUUUAACACCUGGUAAUUCCUGCACAGGGUUAGGUGAAAAAAAAACAGGGGAAGAAAUAGAAAAUUCCCAUUUCUCUCUCUGUCAAAGCAUCAGGGACUGAUCCUCAUCCUGAAUCUAGGGAUUUGAAAUUCAGCAGGAUGUUACAGAAGGAAAAGAUAUUAACUUAAACCACUUCUAAAUAACAGAAAUGCCUUGCUGGCUCAUCAGUACUGUCUGCAUUGUGGGAAUGGAACGCAUUUACUCAUGCAAACUUCCCAUGUAGCAAACUCACCUUACACGGAUUUAGCAUUUAUGCUACUGCAGUAAAUGCUGAGUUGUAGUUACUGGUAUUGUUCCCUUGUACUACAAACUCAAUCUCUUGGCUAAAUCCUCUAGGAUGACUGCUCAGAGCUCUGCAUUGCCCCAUGAGCUGAAGGGAAGACAUUUUAUUUGUACCUACAAGGCUUUAGUGGUCUCCUACAUCUGCCAGUUUCUGCAGAAUCCAUUCUAAAUAUAAACUUCAAAAUUACUAAGUAAACACAGAAGGAGAUCUCAUCCACAGGAAGGACAUACAUUGUGUGCGUGAACUGCAAAUACCUGUCAGCAUAUACUAGAUUGUUAGUAAAAUGCUGAAUUGUAAUUGGGGGCCAAAUUUUGCUAUUUGUGACCUAAGCUGAGCCACCUAACAAGAGCUGAGAUCAAUUAAGGAAAGAGGGAACGCCAGCAUCUCUGCUCCAAGUGAAAAGGCAGGACCUCAGAUCUUCCAGCUCUUGUACUACAGCUGUACUUGGAUUAAGCUGCAGUUACUGUAUUCAGACAUUAUCACGUGAAAUUCUCAGCAGCCCAUUCACAGUCCUUUCUGUAUUACCUGGGUGUAAUUACUUUGCUGAGGAGCACUGUAAAGCGCAGGAAACGGCCACCUAAUUCAGAUUCAUCCAUCACCAUUUCCUACAAGUCCAGGCCUGCCUGUGUCGAAGCAGGUAGAAAAAAAUCACCCUUAAUACUGAUGUAAAGCUAGGAGAA